AGAUCCAUCUUUUCUUCAAUUUUUUGGUGAUGAUUUCCUGAGACUUUUGACUCUGCGCUUCAUCUUCUGCUCUACAGUGUUAAGGGCACACAGAGCUUUUAAGGGGCGACAGUUCUAUCCUAGAUGUCAUCCAAGCUUACCAGAAGGUGAAGUGCUGGACCAUCCUAGUCUUUAUGCUAUAAUUCUAGACUUAGCUACUACACUUGAUGUGUCACAUCUAUACUACGAUACACAUGACCUCCAAUGACCUUCUGCCACAUGCUGACCCUCAGCUAGAGAAGGGAUAAGACAAGGUGCAGCAUUUAUAAGUGAAGUUAACCGACUAUCCAACUGGUUUGGAUCUUUGUUAGUGAGCCAGUCUGAGGGUGAGCAAAGAAUGAUGCACUAUGCCAGCAACCAUGUUACACAGGUAGUAGGUGAUGGGAGCUAUGUGUCACGCUCGAGGGUACAGGGGAGUGUUGUCACACGAGCCAGGGCAGAAAACCAUGUUGACUUUCAUGCUCAAAAUGAUAUACAAUAUGUUUCAAGGGGCCAGAGUAAUCAGGUAUCCUAUCAAGUGACACAUCAACAGGGGAAACAAGCUAAAAAAAGGAAAAGCUCAAAAAUAGGUGGCGCAACUCUCAGCCCACCUCAGGUAAUCAGUUCCGACUUGAACUGGAGUCCUCUCCCAAAACGACAUGCUUCACCUUCAGAGAGUUUGUGUGUUGCACUUUAUUGUGAUGAUGGCUGGGAAGAUGACCAACCACUAGAGAAAACUACAGCUAGUCAAUCAGUCCGACCACGUUUACCAAGUUGCAGCUAUCAACGGCCAAAUCGACCUUCCCUCAGAAGUCUCACCUUUACUGAUGAAAUAUCGGAUGACAACAUUCCAGAUCACUGUUCACUCACUCCACCUGUGAGUCCAGCAGUACAGCUUCGACCCUACACUAACCCCAGGGACACGCCAACCCAUCAUCCACCACUUCUCCAGAGCCCUACCCACCGACUGGCCGCUCUGCCAGCGCAUGAUCUUACACUGGAAUCUCUGCAUGACCUGAAUUGGUUACAUAAAAUGGAACCAGAUGAUCAGGUUGUUCUUGAGGUGCAUGUCAUAUGGUCAAUUCUUUCUCUAAUGGUUGUACUAUUAGCUUGCUAUACUUUGCAUCAUCAGCCACUAACAGGCUGAAAUUUAGAUCUGAAACUAAGUAAGAUGUAAGUGUAUGGAAAGGUUUGUUCUGUUUCUUUAACUUUUUAAAAUAUUAUUUUAAUUUUUUUCUCCUACAUUUUUUUUGGUUUAAAGUUUCCAAUAAGACAUGCAAAUAAGGAUAAAUUCAAUUCCUGUCUUACUAAUAAAUAAGCAAAUAUUAUUUUAUUUUUGUACAUAUCAUUGAUUUUGGAAUAAGUGUUUUCUUUUCUUAAGCUUCAUAAAACUCUUGUUUUAGAAUUGAAUCAUCCUGUAAUUACAUGUCUGGUUUUAUUCAUGAAAUCCUUUGUAAUUGAUAACAUCAUUUGGAACUGUUAGAUAACAGAAAUAUUUCAUUUUUGUAUUAUGUAAUAAUAAUAGUCUCUUCAGAUUUUCAGAAUUUAUUUCAUUACUGAUAUACAGUUAGGAGAGUUACGUUACAUAUUUAUAUAUUAAUAAAAAAAAUAUAAUACAAGCCAUAAGUAGUUUAUUUAUUUAUGAUUAGGCUGUAUGAACUGUAUAAAAUUUCUUGAUGUACAUUUUAUUAUUGGAAAGGAUGAUAAAAGUUUAAACUAUUUUCCCAUUCAAGGCUAUUCCUAACAGAUGUAGAAAUACAUCAUGACCCAGAUAUGCUAUUGACAUGACAACUUGAUUUGCUAAUACUAGUAGGUCUAUUGUAUUUGUGAUAAUUUCAGAGAAAUUUGAAAAUAUUUUAUUGUAUUUAUAGGCAAGUUAUACAAAAAAUGAAGUAAUAUUCAUUCCACUGUUCAUCUCUGUUUGUUAUAAUAUGUCUAUUGUGUAUUAUUUAAUUUGGAGAUAGCUUCAGGAACUCUUUGAAUGAUGAUGUAAAGUAAUGGUAUUUCUGUCAGAUUUCUUUUUUGUCAGUGAAAUUCUAAGACAAGAACAUAUUUAUAGUAGUUAUAAUUAUGUUACUUGCAAUAAUGUUAAAGUGUUUUUUUUUUUUAUAUGAGUGCUUGCAGUGAUUCCCACAUAUGUUCAAGAAACUAGCACUGUUAUUAGAUACAUUUAUUAUCUUGAAUAUUUUUUAAAUGUUUUGAAAUGAUUGAAAGCCUGUUCAGAGGCUCUGUGGUAUAUGAUUGUAAUACACAUGCAAUACUAAUGCUGCCAUUAUAUCAUUCUUCACUGCUGUGUGGUAAUAGUAGUUUCUUGGAGGCUUGUGUAGUUACUGAAAUGUCAUUGUUUCUCUAUUUUUCUUAAAGAGUAAUAAAACCUUGUUGUAUGUUGGUAUAUGAUAUAUGAGUGCUAUAUUGCCACACAGAUACCAGUACUAGACAGGUGAUACUUGGAGAACCAAUACUGUAGACACCAACCAGUGAAAAAUAUUUUAUUUUUGUUAAAGGGAUAACCUAGCAAAUAGUUCAAUUAAGAAAUGGAAGCUAGUCAACCAUAGCCUUACAGAUACAAUUAAAGUAUUUAGGUUUGCUUACCUCUGAAAAGCAGUGUUACUGAUUUUGAUCUUUGAUGAUUUAUUUUCAUUAUUAUGUAAUUAAGUUUUGUAAAACAGUUAAAUUGUUUGAAUUGAAAAAAAAUGUGUUUUAAUUUUCUUUAAAUGUGUAUGGUAUUUGUAUUUGGCCUGAGGUGAAUUUAACAGUUCCUUUAGUAGGCUGCAAUAAAAUAAAAUCAUGAGAGAUCACACUAUGCUGAAUUGUAUGAAGUUGUAGGUCUAAUUUGCCUGCUGAUGAUAAUUUUCAUUCUUGGAUUCAUAGGGUUUUUGACUAUAACCUUCAAUCUUAAUUCUUCCAGGUUUUUGACAAUAUUAAUUCCAGAAUUUUAGAUGCUUAGCAGUACAAUCACCUAUUUGCUGCUGAUGAAUAUAAUCCUGAGACUUUUUCUGAUUUUCGAUGUAUGGUCAUUUUCUUCAGUAAAGGUAUAGAUUUCCCAAAGGAGGUCAGCAUUUUUUUAUAAAUAUUAUUUAUUCAUGGGGCAUAGCUAGAUGAAGAUUAUCAUCAGGGCCUUCCUUGUUGUAUCUUAUAUUAUUUCUUAUCUAGCACAAAGCUCUCAUUUUUUGUGUUAAUUGAUUCACAUAAUUAUAAUUGUAAUCAUCAUUAUCAUCAUCAUUGGAACCAUGACCAUUGUCACCCUCCAGAUAAUCAUAGUCAUUAUCAUCACUCAUUAUUAUCAUUACUUUCCUCUGACUGGAUACAGCAUUAUUACAAUACAGUAUAAGUGAUUUUAGGAGUACAAACAAGAAGUACCCUAUUGCUCUAGUUAGUGGUAUUCUUACUGAAAGCAUUUUUUGUAUAACUGAUCAUAGUUUAUUUGUUACAGUGGUACUUAGUUUUCUUGGACUUGUUGGUUGGAUGCUGUAUGUCUUAGAUUGAAGAUAUUCUGUGAUUAAUAGUCCUAGCUUAAUAGAUUCUUUAGAAAAUGUUGCUCAAACCUUUCCAAACAAUAUUUGAACAUAAACAUUUAUUGUAUAUAUCACAUUGUCUUUAGCUUGAUACUGAAUAAAACUACCAAUUCAUCUCAACUGAACAAUAUAUUUAGAAUAAUGUUCUUCUUAUAUAUAAAAGUUUUGUUCUAACAGUACUUAUCAGGAAUGUUAUGCAAAACUAACAAAUUAUUCAAAAGUUAGACUCAGUAAGCUAGGACCAUAAAAGUUUAUGGAGAUGUCAGACUUUAUCUUGAUCUUUCUGGUUUAUUUCCCUAUAUGGUAUCAUACAGCAGCAGAAUCUCACUAUUGCAAUGAUAUUACAUUCGUUGCAGUAAUGCUGUUAAAACUCUUGUAAUUAUGUAACACUUUCAAAAGAAAUAAAGAGUGCAGAUAAUUUAUCUUCCUUCCUAUAGUUAUGCCACUGUGUAGAGAUCUGACAGAGACCACAUGAGCUGUGUCAUCUGUGAAAGCAGGGCAGUAGAAAAUUUAAAUCUAAGCUUUUUUUAUAAAGAGUAUAAUAUAUUUUGAUAUACUUUCCCUUCAUCCUCCAGCAGGUGCCAAGCUAUGCACAUAAAGUUUUCUUAGACCUUUUUUUUUAUCACCAAGAUUUUUUUUCUUUUUUAAUUAGGAAAGAAUUUGCAUUUCAGAUAUUUGUUAGACUAUAAUAAACUGCUGUAACUUUA